GGAAGUAGAGAAUUCGUUCUGCACGCAUAGAAGCAGCUAAAAACAACGCUACAGUGCAGGUCUUUCAGUGUAGUUAUUUCUUGUCACGCUUCAGCCUUGGAAAAUAUUUGUUUGUAAGUUCGAUUCAAGCGUUUAGCUAGUGAUGAUAAUCUUGUUAUUGAUAGAGUUGUUUACAUAUCAAUGUUGGUUGGUUGCAUUUACUCACACAAAUUGCAAUGCCUUUCAUGUAUGCCGUUAGCUGUAUUACUUUGCUCGUGCGUCAUGCAAACGAAUAUACAAUAUUGUAGUUUUGUUACCGAUUCUAGUGUAAUAUGCUUUGUUAUUCUACAUAGAUGGUUGUACAUUAUUAGAGUAAUGAAAGGAGUUAGUCAAUUACCAUAUGAGUAACAAAUAGCUAUAUGGUUUGGCAUCAUGCCAGAUGCAUGGUACCUUAGCACGUGCUUUGUAUUCAUGCAACUUCAAAUGUAUAAUGUACAGCUACAGUAUGUCGGUCUGAAUUAAAUACUAAAGUAUAUUCUUUUCUGUAUUUUGCAGUUUUACAACAUAAACGUUUUCAAUAUAUUCAUUCAAGAAAAGUCACGCCUUGGGAGUUUUAUUGAAGACUUAGUUGUUAGCUAUCUGUCUAGUUUUGCAUGGGAACGCAACUCAAGGGCAGAAUACGGGACUUUGACUGUUAGAAAUCACCUCCCCAGUCAGCCUAUUGUGUGUAUUGACAUUCAUAUUGCACUAUAUAGCCUUACCUAUGGAUUGUGGAUCAAUGAAAUGGGGUACUCAGGGACACCCACAGAACACGACUGCUAAGAGAUUACACAAAUAUUAGCAUUGUAGCUCAUAUUGCGGGACUCUGAAACCACUGUGAAAUGAGACACAUUUUAUGUACCAAUCAAUGUGUAUUGAACAGUUGUACAGUUGAAGUCGGAAGUUUACAUACACCUGAGUCAAAUACAUUUAAACUCAGUUUCACAAUUCCUGACAUUUAAUCCUAGUAAAAAUUCCCUGUCUUAGAUCAGUUAGGAUCACCCCUUUAUUUUAAGAAUGUGAAAUGUCAGAAUAAUAGUUGAGAGAAUGAUUUACUUAAGCUUUUAUUUCUUUCAUCACAUUCCCAGUGGGUCAGAAGUUUACAUACACUCAAUUAGUAUUUUGUAGCAUUGCCUUUAAAUUUUUUAACUUGGGUCAAACAAUUAAAUUCGGGUAGCUUUCCACAAUAAGUUGGGUGAAUUUUGGCCCAUUCCUCCUGACAGAGCUGGUGCAACUGAGUCAGGUUUGUAGGCCUCCUUGCUCGCAUACGCUUUUCCAGUUCUGCCCACAAAUUUUCUAUGGGAUUGAGGUCAGGGCUGUGUGAUGGCCACUCCAAUACCUUGACUUUGUUGUCCUUAAGCCAUUUUUGCCAUAACUUUGGAAGAAUGUUUGGGGUCAUUUUCCAUUUGGAAGACCCAUUUGCGACCAAGCUUUAACUUCCUGACUGAUGUCUUGAGAUGUUGCUUCAAUAUAUUCACAUAAUUUUCCUCACUCAUGAUGCCAUCUAUUUUGUGAAGUGUUCCAGUCCCUCUUUCAGCAAAGCACCCCCACAACAUGAUGCUGCCACCCCCGUGCUUCACAGUUGGGAUGGUGUUCUUAAGCUUGCAAUAUCCCUUUUCCUCCAAACAUAACGAUAGUCAUUAUGGCCAAACAGUUCUAUUUUUGUUUCAUCAGACCAGAGGACAUUUCUCCAAAAAGUACCAUCUUUGUCCCCAUGUGCAGAUGCAAACCGUAGUCUGGCUUUUUUUAUGGCUGAGCGGCCUUUCAGGUUAUGUCGAUAUAGGACUCGUUUUACUGUAGAUAUAGAUACUUUUGUACCAGUUUCCUCCAACAUCUUCACAUGGUCAUUUGCUGUUGUUCUGGGGUUAAAUUGCACUUUUUGCACCAAAGUACCUUCAUCUCUAGGAGACAGAACGCGUCUCCUUCCUGAGCGGUAUGACGGCUGCGUGGUCUCAUAGUGUUUAUAAUUGCGGAAUAUUGUUUGUACAGAUGAACGUGGUACCUUCAGGCGUUUGGAAAUUGCUCCCAAGGAUGAACCAGACUUGUAGAAGGUCUACAAAAUCUUGGCUGAUUUCUUUUGAUUUUCCCAUGAUGUCAAGCAAAGAGGCACUGAGUUUGAAGGUAAGCCUUAAAAUACAUCCACAGGUACACCUCCAAUUGACUCAAAUUAUGUCAAUUAGCCUAUCAGAAGCUUCUAAAGCCAUAACAUCAUUUUCUGGAAUUUUCCAAGCUGUUUAAAGGCACAGUCAACUUAGUGUAUGUAAACUUCUGACCCACUGGAAUUGUGAUACAGUGACGUAUAAGUGAAAUAAUCUGUCUGUAAACAAUUGUUGGAAAAAUGACUUGUGUCAUUCACAAAGUAGAUGUCCUAAACGACUUGCCAAAACUAUAGUUUGUUAACAAGAAAUUUGUGGUGGUUGAAAAAUGAGUGUAUGUAAACUUCAGACUUCAACUAUAUGUAUAUACAGUACCAGUCUGUUAUACACAAUAUAUUUAUGUCAACAUUCAUCAAUGUGUGGCCUGCUGAUUGCAGACCUGGCAUGCCAAUGUCCCACCUCUUAUUUAUCUGUCAUUCAGAAUGGGGAAGAAAACUGUACACCACUUUUAUGUGACCUAGUUUCUCUAAGCUCCACCCCUUGACUUGAUAUCAGAAUACAGGAAGUCAAACUCGUCUCUCACAGGCGUCAGGUUUCAUUUUCAUUGUUCACUCUCUCACUCUUUCUGACACACAACACAAGACUGGGACUUACAUUUUUAGUAGUAACAGAUAGAAAAUUGGAAACGCCAAUAACGGACUGUUAGAAGGGAAGGUUAUUAAAAAGGCAAGUAAAUCAUUCUGUAGUCCUGUAUCUGCAGAACGAUGAUGGCGACACCCAUUCCUGAGCUGCUGUUGGCCAUUUUAGAAGAGCUAAUCACUGAAGACCUUAAGACAUUCCAGUGGUAUCUGACUGAGGCUGUGCUCGACGAUUUUCCUCCCUUCCCUAAGAGCAAGCUGGAGAACAUGGACAGGCUAACCACUGUGGAUAAGAUGAUCAAGACCUCGAGCUAUGAGGGAGCUGUGAAGGUGUCACUAGAGAUCCUGAGGAAGAUGAAGCACAACAAUCUCGCUGAGAAACUACAGAGAGACAGCCAAACAUCCUGUCCUGUGUGCCAUGACAUCCUCAGGGAUCCUGUUAUACUGUCAUGCCACCACAAAGUCUGCACAGUCUGUAUACAUGAAUGCUGGAACCAGAAAGAUUCUCGGCAAUGCCCUGUGUGCAAGAAGAGGAUCUUAAUGGUUACAGCAAGGUCUGAGGUGCUCUGCAGUUUGCACAGUGAGAAAUUCAAACCAUUCUGCCUGGAGGAUAAAAAACUAAUCUGUGUGGUAUGUCAGACUUCAAAAAAACACAAAAACCAUAACUGUAGCCCCAUAGAUGAAGCUGCACAGGAUCAGAAGGAAGAACUCCAGACAGUAAUGAAUUCCUUAAAGGACAAGCUUGGGGUCUUUAGUAAAAUUAGCCAAACCUGUGCUGAACACAUCUUGAGCCAGGCCCAGCACACAGAGGGUCAAAUUAAGGAGCAGUUUGAGAAGCUUCACCAGUUUCUACGAGAGGAAGAGGCAGCCAGGAUAGCUGACCUAAAGGAGGAAGAAGAGCACAAGAGUCGAGUGAUGAAAGAGAAGAUUGAAGAAAUGAGCAGAGAGAUUUCAUCACUUGCAAACACAAUCAGAUUCUUAGAGGAGGAGCUGAAAGCUGAAGACCUCUCAUUUCUGCAGAACUAUGAGUCCACAAUGGAAAGAGCCCAAUGCAAACUGCCAGAUCCACUGCUGGUCUCAGGAGUGCUGAUAGACGUGGCUAAAUACUUGGGCAACCUGCAAUUUAGAGUCUGGGAGAAGAUGCAUGAGAUUGUGAAAUACACUCCUGUGAUUCUGAACCCCAAUACUUCCCAACCACAUCUCAUCCUGUCUGAUGAUCUGACCAGUGUGAGACACCGUGAUGAAGACAGCAUCAAUGACAGUGAUGAAACACUGCAGCUUCCUGACAACCCAGAGAGGUUUGAUACCUUUAGAAUGGUCCUAGGCUCCGAAGGCUUUAAUUCAGGGACACAUAACUGGGACAUUGAGGUUGGGGACAAUACUCACUGGUCACUGGGUGUGAUUACAGAAUCUGUCCAGAGGAAGGGAGAAGUAAAGAAUGGAUACUGGCAAAUCCGAUUCACUGGUGGUAAAUAUGACACACAUUCUCCAUCAGGGUCAGACACUCUCCUUACUGUGAGACAGAAACCCCUGAGGAUCAGAGUGCAGCUGGACUGGGAUGGAGGUAAGCUGUCAUUCUCUGACCCUGAUAAUAAGACCGUUCUACACACAUUCACACACACUUUCAUUGAGAAAGUCUUUCCUUUUUGCCUUAAUGGCUGUAAACUCCACCCUGUGAGGAUUUUACCAGUGAAGGCCUGUGUGACAGUGGAAAAGCCCAAUGAGACCUUCUUACAGGACACAAGUGUCAGAGGCUUAACAGCGAAAACCCACAAUGAUUAUGAUAUGUUCGAUGAUUCAUACGAUGAUAAUCACGAGGACUCUGAUGAAUAUGAGGACGAAGCCGAUGAAUGUGCAGACUUCGAUUAUGACUAUGAAGACGAAGAUGAUUAUAAAUAAGAUGACAAAUAUGAUACUAUCUCGAUCUCCAACAGUGGAACAACAGUUAAACUAUAGUAUAAGUACAAUAUAUGCAGGGUGUGGGAAUGGAUUUGAUGUUCUUAUGAAGAAACUAAAAUUACUGUAGGUCAUUUUUUUAUGUAACUGAAUUAUUUUUGAAAAUCAACAGCAUGGAACAAUAUACAGUAUAUUCUUUUUUUAUAUGACUCCAAAUAUGUUUUAACUGUAAUAUCAAUGGCUAAGUCUAUUCACUUUAAUUGUUAAUAAAAACAUUGGUUUGGAAAAGUAAGAUCUAACACAGUGGCCAAUUUAGUUAAGAACAUACUUUACAGCCUAUGGAAGCAUUUAGCUGCCGAAACUCAAUUGGUAAUGCAAAUGUUAAAUCAAUAUGUUUGCAAUUCCUUUGUGACAAAAUUCAAAUUGAAAUGCAAAAAAAAGAUUGCAUUUUCAUGAUUGAGUAUGAUCCAUUAAUUUCCAUGAUACUAUGCAGUACAACACUGACACGUUUAAAAAUCAAACGUAAAAGCUUAUUACAUUUCUGGGGUUGCAGGUAGCCUUGUUACAUUUGGGGCGGCAGGUAGUCUAGUGGUUAGAGUGGUAGGCCAGUAACUGAAAGGUUGCUGGAUUGAAUCCCUGAGCGGACAAAGUACAAAUCUGCUGUUCUGCCCCUGAACAAGGCAGUUAAACCACUGUUCCCCGGUAAACUGUCAUUGUAAAUAAGAAUUUGUUCUUAACUGACUUGCCUAGUUAAAUGACGGUUUUCUUUUCACAAGAAAUGAUAUCUAACCAUACAAUGUAGCUAUUUUGAAUAAUUUUGUAAUUAAUCAAACCAUUGAAAUAUAUUUUUGACGAUUUCCAACGAACAAGCUAGCUAUCGAAAAGUUUCAGCGUGUGUAGUUAAGUUAGCCUGCUAACGUCUUCGUAGCUAGUCGCAUGGAAUCAGGACAUGACCAAACUUGCUGAGAUAAUGGAUGUUGAAACUUCCCAGGAGAAAAGGGGCAUGGUUGAAACUCACUCAUAUGCUUGCAGUGUAAAAAAAGGGUGAAUGCGAUUCAUACCCAAAUAC